AUGCGUUCCAGCACUAUUGCCACCGUCCUCGGCUUCACUGCGGCUGGCUUGGCUGCACCUCAACGAGAUGGCCUUGGUUCCGGCAUUGUAUCUCUGCCAUUCGGCACGGAGAGUGCAAUUACUCUCUGUUGCAGUGGUAAUUUUAUCGCAGCUCAAGGGCUGACUCUCACCGGAGGUGUAAUUGGCGGCGGUACAAUUGGCGGCGGUACCCCUACUUGCGUUGCCUAUAAUUCGGCCAUCCAGAAUUGUGCGACUGGUGAUGUCAAAUUCACCUGCCCUGUUAGCCGUGGUGUCUUGGCGGGCUGCUCUGACCCGAGCGGUGCUGUAACAGCUCCCCAGGGUCUCCUUCAAGAGGUCCUGAACUUGGUGCCAUCCUUGCUCAACAUCAAUCUCUAA